AGGCACACACACGCAGACGCCCAGUGUGAGGGUUCAGAGAAAUGAUGCAAAGACCUGACGGUGGGAGGGGAGGGGGCCCACAGCCACCUGGGAGCUGGCAGGCAGCCAGCAGUGAUGAAAGCCCAGGGGAAUGGAAACAGAGGAGUGAGCCUGUUGUAAUCGCUACACCCACUUGUCAGGGCCUAUAAAGGAGGCCGGUGAGCCCCGGCAGUCACAGCACCUUGGGCGUCUCUCCUCUCCAGCCUUUCCGUGUCUCCCCGCCACCUGCUGCUGCCACCAUGACCACCACCAUCCGCCACUUCUCCUCCGGCUCCAUCAAGGGCGCCUCCGGCCUGGCGGGCGGCUCGUCCCGCUCCUGCCGGGUGUCUGGCAGCCUGGGCGGUGGCUCCUGCAGGCUGGGGUCUGCCGGCGGCCUGGGCAGUGGCCUUGGAGGCAGCAGCUACUCUAGCUGUUACAGCUUUAGCUCUGGCGGUGGCUAUGGCAGCGGUGGUUAUGUCAGCGGUGGCUAUGGUGGCGGCUUUGGAGGUGUCGACGGGCUGCUGGUGGGAGGCGAGAAAGCCACCAUGCAGAACCUCAACGACCGCCUGGCCUCCUACCUGGACAAGGUGCGCGCCCUGGAGGAGGCCAACACGGAGCUGGAGCUGAAGAUCCGUGAUUGGUACCAGAAGCAGGCCCCAGGGCCGGCUCCUGACUACAGCUCCUACUUCAAGACCAUCGAGGAUCUGCGGAACAAGGUAGGAGCUGUGAUGGGAGGGGUCCUGGGUGGGGCACAGCUUUUCCUCCACUGCCAUCUGCCCUUGCUCAAGGCCUGGAGCCCAGCCUGGGGGCUGCCACAGGGUCUUGGGGAGCCAAGGACAGCUUGGCUCCAGCUUGACCUCUGGGAGCCCACCUUGGGGCCACUAUGUGGCUUACGAUGUCUUUUUCAGGACAUCUCUGGUUCCCUUUGCAGGUUUGAGACAGAGCAGGCCCUGCGUGUGAGCGUGGAGGCCGACAUCAACGGCCUGCGCAGGGUCCUGGAUGAGCUGACCCUGGCCAGAGCUGACCUGGAGAUGCAGAUCGAGAACCUCAAGGAGGAGCUGGCCUACCUCCGCAAGAAUCACGAGGAGGAGAUGAAAGCCCUGCGAGGCCAGGUGGGUGGCGAGAUCAACGUGGAGAUGGAUGCCGCACCCGGCGUGGACCUGAGCCGCAUCCUGAACGAGAUGCGCGACCAGUACGAGAAGAUGGCGGAGAAGAACCGCAAGGAUGCCGAGGACUGGUUCUUCAGCAAGACGGAGGAGCUGAACCGUGAGGUGGCCACCAACAGCGAGCUGGUGCAGAGCGGCAAGAGCGAGAUCUCAGAGCUCCGGCGCACCUUGCAGGCCCUGGAGAUCGAACUGCAGUCCCAGCUCAGCAUGAAAGCAUCCCUGGAGGGUAGCCUGGCUGAGACAGAGAACCGCUACUGCAUGCAGCUGUCCCAGAUUCAGGGCCUGAUCGGCAGCGUGGAAGAGCAGCUGGCCCAGCUGCGCUGUGAGAUGGAGCAGCAAAACCAGGAGUACAAGAUCCUGCUGGACGUGAAGACCCGGCUGGAGCAGGAGAUCGCCACCUACCGCCGCCUGCUGGAGGGCGAGGACGCCCACCUGAUCCAGUACAAGACCAAAGAACCCGUGACCACCCGCCAGGUGCGCACCAUUGUGGAGGAGGUGCAGGACGGCAGGGUCAUCUCCAGUCGCGAGCAGGUCCACCAGACCACCCACUGAGGGCUCUCUCCCCCACCAGCCCCGUGGGGCUACCCACUGGCUGCGCAGCCUCCAGCCUCCCCAGCCUCAGUCCCCCAGCUUCAGUCCCUUUCCUGUCCUCACUCCCUGACCAAUAAAGCUUGUUGACUGAGACA